UUUCUUCCUUUUGUGCUCCCUCGAAUCGAAAUCUUUGUGUAGUCUCACUCUGAGCACAAAAAUGCCGCCUAAAUUUGACCCUUCUCAGGUCGUCGAUGUCUUCGUCCGGGUCACCGGUGGAGAAGUCGGUGCGGCUAGUUCACUCGCCCCGAAAAUUGGGCCGCUUGGUCUCUCCCCUAAAAAGAUCGGUGAAGACAUCGCUAAGGAGACCGCUAAGGACUGGAAGGGCCUUCGCGUCACCGUCAAGCUCACGGUGCAGAAUCGUCAGGCUAAGGUGUCAGUUGUUCCAUCUGCGGCGGCUUUGGUCAUCAAGGCACUUAAGGAGCCAGAGAGGGACAGAAAGAAGACUAAGAAUAUCAAGCACAGCGGGAACAUCUCGCUGGAUGAUGUGAUUGAGAUCGCCAAGGUUAUGAGGCCAAGAUCGAUGGCUAAGGAUCUAAGUGGAACUGUCAAGGAGAUUUUGGGAACUUGCGUCUCGGUUGGGUGUACUGUCGAUGGUAAGGACCCUAAGGAUUUGCAGCAGGAGAUUACUGAUGGUGAAGUUGAGGUGCCACUUGACUGAGAGAUCACUAGCUACACUCGGCCUUUUUGUUAUGGUAUUAUACUAUUUUCCUCAAAUUUAAGCUGGGUCUUUUGACAUGUUCAUUGAAAUAUUACCGAGGAGUUGAAGUUAAAAAAUGUGUAAUGCCAGGCGUUUUAUUUUGUAGACAGUUUACUUUAAACAACACUUCUUUUUGAUGCUUUCUCUUUCAUGCUAGUGGUUGGCCUCUGAAUUAAGAGGCAGUUUGAUGUGAAUUUUUGUAAGAAUGGUGGUGAGCUCGCCUACAUGAAGUGCAAGUGAUUACUCUCUCUUUUU